AUGCAGAAAGUAAAGUCCCGACUGCCUUCUUGGGACAUAACCAAGACACAGAGCAAAAAAGGCUUCGAUAAAGUUUGGGGAUGGGCUGACAAGCUGGGAGCACCCGUCAACAGACUAUCCAACCGCAUUGGUAGUGAAGCUUUCUGGCCUACAACGUUGGAUAAAGAAAGUGAUAAGGCGGCCAGAAUCUUGAGAUCGUUUUGCAAGGAUGGUUUCUAUACUGAAGAGGACAAGCCGGUCGAUGGUGGACAAGCCGGACCAAAACAGAAGCAACGCGUACUGAAGAAGAUCCCGAAAAAGGUGAUACAAAACGCCGUCGGUCUUGCAAUCUUCACCACUAUGCGAACUGGUCUCUGGGUAUCUGGAGCCGGCGGGUCUGGAGUCUUGGUAGCCAGAAACGAAGAAGAUGGCUCGUGGUCUCCCCCGUCAGGCAUAUUGCUGCACACAGCCGGCUUGGGAUUCCUGGUGGGAGUGGACAUCUACGACUGUGUUGUCGUGAUCAACAACCGCAAAGCUUUAGAAGCAUUCACCAAGAUCAGGGCUACACUUGGUGGAGAGAUUAGUGCAGUCGCUGGACCUGUUGGAGCUGGUGGAGUUCUGGAGAAUGAUGGUAAAUGGAAACAAGCGAACAGACCUGUCUUUACCUACCUUAAAUCACGAGGCUUCUAUGCUGGCGUCCAGGUCGAUGGAACAGUCAUUAUAGAACGAACAGAUGAGAACGCACGCUUCUAUGGAAAGGAGGGCAUCGGAGUGGCUGAUGUUCUAGCUGGAAAGGUCGAACCUCCUCCAGAGACUAAGAUGUUGAUGGAGACGUUGAAGGCAGCCGAAGGUCGAACCGAUGUUAACCGGGAGCUCAUGGAAGAGCUAGAAGGACAGCCUGCACCUGGCGAUGUGGAAGUUGCUGCCCCAGGUGAAGAUAAGGUAUUCGGUGUUCCAGACCCUGAAGACCCUGAUCCCUAUGGAGUUCGCGCACUCGAGAAAGAGGGCCUCGAGAUCCGCGAUGCUGCGACUCACUCAAGACCUUCCAGCCAAGCGUUUGAGUAUCAUCCCAGCCCGACUAGUCCUACAUACAACAGGUUCUAUCGCAGGAGCAUAGAAACAGGCACAGGAAGUAACCGCAACAGCUACGGGUCGAUUCCUAGCCGAACCUAUACCACAUCUGAGGCCAGUACCCAGACUGAGCCUGUCUUCAUCACACAGAUCACGAGCACUUCGCCCGAUAGCAGAAGUUUCAUGUCCCACGGGAAGUUUGAUGACGAAAAGUCAAGCAUUUAUGAAGAUGUCAGACUGGAAGAUGAGUAUGGAUCGCCAUACAAUGGAUCGUCGCAGUCUCCUUAUGUCUUGUUUGACAGCUUCACCACGCCACCUUCUGGACCGCCUCCUCUUCCUCCCAGAAAUCCUAUUGUGUAA